AUGCCACCACCUUCCGUUGCUCCCUAAGCUAAUCGAUCAAUCCUCUAACCAUUUUGUGUUCUCCACAAGCCCUAACGCCUUCGCAGCUCAGCCACCUACCUACUACCGCCUCCCACUUCAACCCUAGAAGCCGUCACCCGAUCAUGGCGUCGUCGCUGAUGCUCGCCACCACAGUAGCCCGUCUUCCCUCCUCCCCGCUUGAGGUCCGCCCCACUCCCCGCCGCCGUUUCGCCGCCGCCUUCACUGUCCACGCCGUAGGUGGAAUCAACCCUGACGUCCGCAAGAACGAGGAUAAGGUCGUCGACUCCGUCGUCGUCGCCGAGCUCACCAAGCCCCUCACGGCUUACUGCCGGUGCUGGAGAUCGGGCACGUUCCCGCUCUGCGACGGCAGCCACGUCAAGCACAACAAGGCUACCGGCGACAACGUCGGCCCGCUCCUCGUUAAGAAGUAGACAAAGCAUGUGUCCUGUCAGAAGAUUGAUUGAUAUUUGCAAACGAAUGAAGCAAUCGAUGUCUAUUUUGUCAAGUAUGAUCUGUAUCUUUCUCGUGGAAAAAUAAAUCUGGUUAGUACCAAUUUUUAUUGCCA